ACAGAAAAGGUCCCACGCGCUAGAAAAAGAAACAAGAGAGAAGGGAAAAGAGAGCUAGCUAGCUUUCUCUUCUCCGUCGUCACCUCUUUUUUAUCCUCUCUCUCAAGCGGAACCGGUUGAUCUUAAGUGUUUUACAGAGAGAAUAAAAGAAGUCCGUCCAGUAUGGGGAAAGAGAGAUCAGAGAAAGAGAAAGUUGGAGGAGGAGAGCAUAACAAGAGGAAUAUGUUCGUGUCUUGUGUUGUAAUGAACUCGUGUGCUGCAGAGCUUAAACUUGUUUUAACAGCUCUUUUAGUUCUUUGCAGUAUUGCUACUCUUUUCCAGAUUCUUCCUUCACGUUUCGCCAUCUCUGCUUCUGAUCUCCGUUUUUGCAUCUCAAGAAUCACCACCACCACCACCACCACCACCACCACCAUUGCCCCCCUCAACUCCACCACCACCACCAUACCUCUAACCCCAUCUCCACCCUCCGCUCAAAAAGAUCAAGUGGCUGACAAUGGUGUUAUAAAGCGAGUAUUUAACCCCUAUGGUUCAGCUGCUUAUAAUUUCAUCACCAUGGGUGCUUACCGAGGUGGACACAACACUUUUGCUAUUAUAGGCCUUGCUUCUAAACCUCUCCUUCUCUACUCAACACCCACUUACCAAUGUGAAUGGGUCCCUGAAUCGCCAUCUGCAUCUAAUUCUACAUUCUCCACCGUCUCUUAUAGGAUCCUCCCUGACUGGGGCUAUGGUCGUGUUUACACUGUUGUUGUAGUGAAUUGUACCUUUUCAGAGGCAGUUAAUGGUGAGAAUUCAGGUGGGAAGUUGUUCUUGGAAGCCUCAACAUCAGGCGGUGGUGAUAAAAAUCUUAACAUUACUGAUAGAUUUGAGGUUUUAAACGAAUCUCCAGGUGAUUUAAACAUGUCCCCUUUUAGUUCGAAGCCUCAAUAUGAUUACUUGUAUUGUGGCUCACCUUUAUAUGGUGGGUUAAGUCCACAAAGAGUGAGGGAAUGGAUUGCUUAUCAUGUGAGAUUAUUUGGAGAAAGAUCCCAUUUUGUGAUACAUGAUGCUGGUGGGGUUCAUGAGGAGGUUUUGGAAGUCUUGAAGCCAUGGAUGGAAUUGGGUUAUGUUACAUUGCAAGAUAUAAAAGAACAAGAGAGGUUUGAUGGGUAUUACCAUAAUCAGUUUAUGGUUGUUAAUGAUUGUCUGCAUAGAUAUAAGUUUUUGGCUAAGUGGAUGUUCUUUUUUGAUCUUGAUGAGUAUAUUUAUUUGCCACCAAAGAAUACUAUCAAGUCCGUGCUGGAUUCCCUCUCGGGUUAUACUCAGUUCACUUUUGAGCAAAUGCCUAUGAGCAGCAAGCUCUGCCUCUCUGCUGAUUAUGGUAGAUAUUACAGAAAGUGGGGGUUCGAGAAGCUUGUUUACAGAGAUGUGAAGAGGGGCAUAAGGAGAGACAGAAAAUACGCAAUCCAGCCGCGCAAUGUCUUUGCAACUGGAGUGCACAUGUCCCAGAACUUCGCCGGUAAAACAACAUACAAGACCGAGGGCAAGAUCAAAUAUUUCCAUUAUCAUGGAACCAUAGCACAAAGGCGUGAGCCUUGCCGGAACCUGCUAAAUGUCACAGAGAUCAACUUUGAAAACGUUCCGUACGUUCUUGACACCACAAUGCGAGAUCUUGCGUGGUCUGUGAAGAAAUUUGAGCUCAAAAUGAUCGGACCCAAAGUGCCCCACCCCCACCUUUUGGCGGUUUCCAAGCGGCCUCGUCGUUUUCGGCAUAAAUUUUCCAUCAACGACGGCCAGCUUUGGUUUUCUUUUUCAACGGUGUGA